AUGGAGGUGGCGACGUUCCGAGGAGCGACCAUUCAGAUGAAGAAGCCAUCCUCGGUGCUCAUCUCCUGGACCUGCAGAUUGAUGAAGGAGCUGGUGGUGACGAUGGGCGCGGCGAGGGAGACGAGGGAGAAAAUCCAGGUGGCGCUGUCGGCGAGCAUGAGGAUGGAAGGGGUCGCUCUAACGGAUGGCUCGAUCACGGCGGCGAGGCCGAAGAAGUUGGGCGAGCUCGACAAAGGCCCUCCUCCGCAGCCACCGCUCGAGACCCGUCUCUCAAAGGCACGCUGGGCCCUCAACAAUCAAGAUGGCAAACUCAAGAGGGCCAUGGACAAGCACCAUAAGUGGCAACAGGACCAGGAGCAGCACUGGGAGCACGUGGUCUCGCUCAAGACCCACCUGGGCGUGCUGCAGGCCGAAUGCGACAAGCUGGCAGCCUCGGCUCGCUCAGCUACUCCUCCGCCUGAACCCAAGCCCACACUCUCCCUCUCGGCGCUCUUGGAGGAUGAGCUCGACGGUUUCGUCAUCGAUUUCGGCGAUGUUUUCUCCAUGGGCGGAGAGGAGGGGCUGGGCGAUGACGAACUACGCCAAGCAGAGGAACGGCGGGACGCCCUCGUCAAGGGCCUCCAGGAGGGCGCCAAGAAGCUCUUUGCUGAUGCGGCCACCAAGGCCAAGGAGGCGCGAGCCGCUCACCAGCGGCAGAUGGAUCGGAGCUCGCCCGCAGACAGCAGCAGAUCGGAUCAAGCUCCUGACCAUGCCCACGAUGGAAGCAUGGUCGGCGAAUCUUUCACUGGUGCUGGCGGCCCCGCGACUGCCACUUACAAGAGCAAGCAGCAUCCAGAACACUCUCAGACGGAGAAGACCUGGCAUUUUUACUUUCGCAAUCUCUCCACUUGGGGCCCUGCAGCCACAGGCCUCAUGGAUGAACGACACUACGAUGGUAUCUUAUUAGUGGAGACUCACGUUGGCGAGGAGCACUCUGAUGACCUUCUUCGGCACUGGAGCAGGAAUGGCUACAAGGCUACCUGCGCACCUGCCAGGCCGACUGACCGUGCCGAGCUUUCUGGAGGCGCGGUUGCGGGAAUGAAGAACACAUUCACCACCUCCUCCUCCGGGGACCUUGCCAUGCAACAGGCGCAGCAGAUCGGCAUGAGAGACAUCGCCUCCACCAGGGGGAACGUCGAUUUCCACGACUUUGUUCCCAUCGUAUGGCAUAUCAACGGCACCUCGAUAUGCAUCGUGGCGGCAUAUCUUACCUGCUCCAUUGGCAUUCGAGGCAUCAGCCUUCAGAAGCUCGCGAUCCUGGGCAGUUUCAUCAAGAGCUUGGACAUCCCGUGGGCCAUCUUUGCUGACUGGAAUGUUCCACCGUCUACCCUGAUGCAGACGGCAGACCCUACUGGCAAAAGAUCUCGCAAGGCGGCUACUGCGGCAGAUACGGAGCAGAAGAAGCUGGUCAAGUCGGAGACGGCCCUGACCACCAAACCAACUGUCACAGGCAAGCUCUAUGACUUCAUCAGGCACCCGCCAGUCACGCUGAACGAGAUUCGAGUGGCUCAAGGGACCAUUGCGACUCCCAUUGAGAUCAUGACAGCCAAGAGGGACUGGAUGUGUCAGGCUCACACCCCUGUUACUAUCAAGUCAUGGGUAGACGACCUCAACACUCGCAUCACGACCCCACCGAAGUUUGCAGUCGACCAGCUCACCGAAGUUGCCACCAUCCUGCGGGCCGACUGCAAAGAGCUGGACCUCAUCAUCUCCCCGAAGUCGAACAUCCUCAGCUCAACUGGGUACCCUGGCGCAGUCACUGCCGCCAUGCCUUGUGUUUCCUACGCUGGAAAGAUGUAUGGCACCCCUCCAUCGGUCUCACUUCAGUGGCGCCGAGCUCUGGGGCGCAACCUGCGCAAGGGCUCCAGCCAACGCUCGCUGACCACCCAGCUCCAGUUGGACAUGGGCCACUCGGACCCUGCGAUCACCACGGCCAUGGACGUGAUCAACUCAUGGGCGCUCUUCCUGGCCACCUCCGACGUCGACAGGCGGCUGAUUGAGACGACCUGGGCCGGAGUUGUAGCGGACACGUUGGUCCGACAGCAAAGCACCUGGUCUCGCCACAUCUGGGGAAUUUGCUCGGCCACGGUGCGCUUGCUUCCGAGGUGUUCUCGGGGGCCCCUAGGCCCUUGGAGGUGGGCGAGCCCCGAUGGUAUCGAGUUUUUCGCCCCGCCUGAAAAGCACGAGGCUGGGGCGCUGGACUUUUCUGAUUUGAAGCAGGUGUUUUCUCCUUCCAUCCAGCGGUCCUUGUGGGCUGCUGCCUCGGACGAAUAUCCGGGGCUUGGUCUCGAGCGAGGAAUCCCUGACAUUGGGCCCCUCAGCGGUUUUCAGAGGAGCCUCGAGCGAAAGGGAGAGCGUGCGCUGUUUGGAGAUCACCAAGCCAUCGCGACUGGCAAUUUGUGGCCAGCCCAGCGGGUUCACGACUGCUAUCCCGAGGCACGCUGGCCCCUCAACAAUCAAGAUGGCAAACUCAAGAGGGCCAUGGACAAGUGCCAUAAGUGGCAACAGGACCUGGAGCAGCACUGGGAGCACGUGGUCUCGCUCAAGACCCACCUGGGCGUGCUGCAGGCCGAAUGCGACAAGCUGGCAGCCCCGGAGGGCGCCAAGAAGCUCUUUGCUGAUGCGGCCACCAAGGCCAAGGAGGCGCGAGCCGCUCACCAGCGGCAGAUGGAUCGGCUUGCCUCCAAGCGACGCCGAGCCGAGGACAGUUAUGGCGAGGCCCAGGAGCACUCCGAUGACCUUCUUCGGCACUGGAGCAAGAAUGGCUACAAGGCUAUCUGCGCACCUGCCAGGCCGACUGACCGUACCAAGCUUUCUGGAGGCGCGGUUGUGGGAAUGAAGAACACAUUCACCACCUCCUCCUCCGGGCACCUUGCCAUAAAUAAGGCGCAGCAGAUCGGCAUGAGAGACAUCGCCUCCACCAGGGGGAACGUCGAUUUCCACGACUUUGUUCCCAUCGUAUGGCAUAGCAACGGCACCUCGAUAUGCAUCGCGGCGGCAUAUCUUACCUGCUCCAUUGGCGUUCGAGGCACCAACCUUCAGAAGCUCGCGAUCCUGGGCAGUUUCAUCAAGAGCUUGGACAUCCCGUGGGCCAUCUUUGCUGACUGGAAUGUUCCACCGUCUACCCUGAUGCAGAAGGCAGACCCUACUGGCAAAAGAUCUCGCAAGGCGGCUACUGCGGCAGAUACGGAGCAGAAGAAGCUGGUCAAGUCGGAGACGGCCCUGACCACCAAACCAACUAUCCCAGGUUUGCCGCCGCCCAAGCUCACCCUUGCUGAUCUGGAGGAGAAGUCCUCUGAUGAUGAACUGGAGCAGGACCUGCCCCCCGACCUCAUGAGGGAUGACCCUGGGGACCUGGGGAUGGGGACCCUCUCUGAGGCUGACCGGGAUCCUUCCAACGCGGACGUGGGCAAGCUCUAUGACUCCAUCAGGCACCCGCCAGUCACGCUGAACGAGAUUCGAGUGGCUCAAGGGACCUUGGCGACUCCCAUUGGGAUCAUGACAGCCAAGAGGGACUGGUGGGAAAAGGCCUGGAGCAGCAAACGGUUCGACAAACACAAGGUGAUGGGCGCUUUCGCCAAGGGCUCCAGCCAACGCUCGCUGACCACCCAGCUCCAGUUGGACAUGGGCCACUCGGACCCUGCGAUCACCACGGCCAUGGACGUCAUGGGCAGCGGCGGCAACUGCCCGGUGGUCUUCGCGACGCCCGCGACGCUGCAGGAUCGCGCGGUGGGCUCAUCUGCCGACGCGCAGCAGCAGCAGGGGCCGAGCCCAUCGACGACGCCAACGACGAGCCAUAAGUACAAGAAGUACCAGCGCGGCAUCAAGGGCGCCACCAGCGACAUCGUCAGCAACCCUCGCUACACGGCCCAUGGCACGCAGGGCGCAAGCGUCAGCGGCAGCGACAUCGGCAACCAGCAGAGCGCGGUAGUCUUGCAUGUCGGCGCGAGCUCCAACAUGAUCAUUGGCAACGCGGUCGGCAAGGGGGGCUGCGAUCCGACGAUCACGAUGGGCGGCCAGUGCAUGGGCGACAAAACCGGCCACGCGGGCGCGAUGCCUACGAUGGGCAGCAACGCGGGCACGGGGUUCGACGGCAAGGUCAUUUCUUCAUCAGACAAGCGGCUCCCGCACGCGCUUUGCACCAUUGCAUUCAGCCUCGCAGAGACCACGUUCAGCCAGGCGAAAAACCGGCGUCGCAACGCGCGCGCUGCGCGGGCGCUAGAACACGCGCGGCUGGACACCGGCGGCAUCGGGCCCAGGCCACUGCCCGGCGAUGGCUGGCGGGCGGCCGCGGGCGCGCGCCCGGCCUUGAGCGCGCGCGUAGACGGCCCCGCUCGCGCCGACAUCCAGCGGGGCGCCGCGCGACCGCUAAGGGCCCUGCCCCACGCGGUGCCCCCCUGGGACUCCGACGGCUACUACGACGGCUACGGCGAGUACCAGCAUGUCUCCUACGAGCACGUCCUUAAGACGGUCAUGGCCAGGGACCCCGCCGCCGCCUUUCCCACCAACAUGGUUUUCUCCUCCACGGCCGUGGUGUCGGGCAGCGGGGUCGCGGAGGUCCGCGAGACUGGUAUGCGGACGCAGGUGGGACUCAUCGCGAAGGAGCUGAAGCCUACCAACAAAGACCACAACCCACUACAGAAGAGCAUCAAUAUGCUGGGAGCAGUAAUCGGUGUCAUCUGCGUAUGCGUCGUGUUUGUUGCGUCCACGACCAGCUUUGUCGUGCGGUACCAGAACCCUGCCAACCCAUGCCCGGACGAUGACGACAAGUGCUUCUUCAUGGGUAGCGUCCUGCAGGGCCUCAUCAUGUCGGUUUCGAUCAUCCCGCAUGGGUUGCCGCUGGUGGUCAUGAUCAUGCUCCGGGUCGGCGCCGACGAGAUGGGCAAGCGAAACGCAAUCGUCGUGAGAAAGACCGCAGUCGACUACUUGGGCGCCACCACCGUGGUGUGUACUGACAAGACGGGGACGCUCACAGAAGGGAAGAUGACCGCCACGCGCCUCACCGGUUUCGUCCGCUUCCCCGGCCCGGGCCUGGCCGUCCGGAGAGCCCUGCGCUUCUACCCGCUGAAGGGCUUCCACCCGUCGGGGGGCGUCUUCCGGGAGGAGGAUUUGACGGACGAGCGGAUGGCCGCCAUGGAUUCCAUCUUCGAUGUUUCCCAGAGCGAGGCCGACUACUCCGCCGCGGCGCCCGACCUCGGCCUGCCGGGGGCUCCGGGCGUCGAGGCCGCGCUGGCGCGGGUGCAGCUGGCGGCGGCCUUCGUGAACUGCCACGGCACGUCGAUCGAGCAGGGCGAGGGCGGCGUCUGGCGGUCGGUAGGGAACAUGAGCGAGGCGGCGCUGAAGACGGCCGCGGCGAAGGCGCACAUGCGUGACGUCGGGGGCGCGCCCCUGCCAGACUACGAGCGGGUGCAGGAGCUGGAGGUCCCGUUCACGUCCUCGCGGAAGAUGGCCGCCACGGUGCACAGGUUGCCCAGCGGCGGGCGCUUCGAGGCGCUGUGCCUGGGCGGGGACGUGGGGCACGUGGGCAUCGUGAAGGGAGCACCCGACAGGCUUCUCGGCCGCCUGCGCGGGGGCGUGCUGAUGCAGCUCUCCGACGAGGCGCUGGACAUAUCCUCCGAGCCUCUCAGCGAGGCAGAGAGGGAGGCCGUCGAGGCAGAGAACCAGGCCUUCGCCCGCGAUGCGCUGCGGAGCCUCCUCAUCGCGCUGGUGCCGGUGGACGGCCGCCUGCUGGGGCGGCUGCGGGGCGCCGAAGGGGCCGACGAGCGAGUGGAGCUCAUGCUGGGCGCCGCCGUGUUCUUGGGCCUCUUUGGCAUCUUCGACCCCCCGAGAACCUCGGUACCACCCAGCGUCGCCGAGUGCCACAAGGCGGGCAUCCGCGUGGUCAUGAUUACGGGCGACCAGCAGGCCACCGCGGCGGCCAUUGGCAGGCAGGUCAGGAUCCUUUUCCCUGACGACGAGCCCUCGGAGCGCGUGAGGACCUGCUCGGCCCUGCCGGCCAAGGCCGUGGAGGCAGCGGGGAAGGCAGCGCCGCUGCCCGACAAGCUGCAGCAGAAGCUGCACCACACCCUUGACGAGGACGGCGCGAUUCUCACCAUGGUCGCGCAGACGCGUUGCUGGGCGCGCGCCCAGCCUACAGACAAGGUCGCGAUCAUCGAGUCCCUUUCCCAGAUGGGCCACAUUGCUUCCAUGACAGGCGACGGCGUCAACGACGCCCCUGCGCUGAAGCGGGCGGCAAUCGGCGUGGCCAUGGGCAUCCAGGGGACAGCGGUCGCCCAGCAGGCGUCGGACAUCGUCUUGGCCGACGACAACUUCUCGACCAUCGUGGCGGCCAUCCGAGAGGGCCGGAAGAUCUACGGCAACGUCCAGAAGUACGUGCUCUUCAACCUGAGCGUCAAGGAGAUGGCCUGAUUCAUGGCGAUGUGGCCGCGGGUGCUUCUCGCGCUGUGCCUCGGCAUGGCCGCCGCCCCCGCGUUCGACGACACCGACGAAGGCUAUCACCCUAAUCCCCAGCGCAGCAGCCCCAUCGUCGGCUGGAAUCCUUUCAGCCUGGACAGCCACGAGGGGCGCAUGGAGGUCGUCAGUGCGGAGUUCCGCAACAUGGACGGGAUGUUGGCCCCACGCACAAAAAUACG